CCAGUCACAGAAGAGGGAGACAGACGGCUUUCAGCAGCAGGAUAAGCAGAAAAACAACAUGAAAACAUCUCUGAUCUACUUGGUUCUCCUAGCUGGCACUUGUCUCCCUGUCCUGUGUGGUGAAGAGAAGCAGCCCACCCUGCAGCCUGAGGCCCAUACUGAAAGCCGCUCACCCUUCGCAGCUCUUGAUGAAGUUCGUGUCCUGGCAAAUGGACUCCUCCAGCUGGGCCAGCGCUUGCGGAACUUUGUGCGCAAAACCAAAGGACAGAUUAGUGAGAUUUUCCAAAAGCUCAACAUCUUCGAUGAUUCUUUCAACAAACUCUCCGUGUUGGCCGGUAAAAUCAAAGUGGAAGAAGAAGAGCUGAAGAAGACGGCGGUGGUACUAAAGGCUAAUAAUGAAGAGAUCAAGGGCAUAUCUGUUCAAAUCAACUCCAAAGUGGACAUAAUCAUGCAGGAAAAGAAUUUUCUGCAGAGUAAGGUUGAAGACCUGGAGGAAAAACUGAGAAGUUUGUCUCAGGGAAUGUUGAGUGGGGACCAAGUGUUAGAGAUCAACAGCCUGAGGGGAGUGAUUAACAGCCAGGAGCAAAGCAUCACCGAACUGUUGAAGGCUGUGAGGGAGCAAAGUGAUCAGCUCAACUACCAGAGGAAUAAGAUCAAGAGUCUGGAAGAAAAGCUUACAGUGAGUGCCUUUGCCCAAGACACGGUUGAAAGGAAGCUUGAAUCAUUCAACAGUGAGACACCAACACUCAGUCCUUAUCUGGGCUCAGCCUCCAGUAACAAAACUGCAGCUAUGGAUCUCCCAGUGGACUGCAGUGAACUGUUCAACAGAGGUGAGAAAAGCAGUGGUGUGUACCCAGUUAGACCCAAUGGAUCAGAGCCCUUCAUGGUGUUUUGUGACAUGAGUGCAGCUCAUGGAGCAACAGUCAUCCAGCAAAGAAAGGAUGGUUCUGUCAACUUUGACCAAACUUGGGAAAACUAUGAAAACGGAUUUGGAGAUUUUCACGGGGAGUUUUGGCUGGGUCUCAGUAAAAUUCACUCUCUGGUUGCUCAGGGCAAUUCUGUCCUUCAUAUCCAUCUGGAAGACUGGAAACAGAGCAAGCGCUUCAUUGAAUACACUUUUGACCUUGACGGUCCAGAGAGUAACUACACUCUUCACCUCAAGCUUCUGUCAGGAGAUCUCGUUGACCCCUUGGAGAAUCAAACAGGCGUGAUGUUCUCCACUAAGGACAGGGACAAUGAUAAGAAAUGGGACUCCAGCUGUGCCCACACAGGUGGUUGGUGGUUCAGUAGCUGUGGGGACACCAACUUGAACGGGAGGUAUUUCCUCAUGAGACAUAAGGGACGUUUGGACCGUCGAAGAGGGAUCCAUUUUAAGCCGGGUCGAAAAACAUCUUUUUUCCUCAGGUUCACGCAGAUAUCAGUCCAUCCUUACAAUCUUUCUUCAACGUCAUCAGAGACAGAUGGCUUUCACACAAACAGCACAGACAGUGAAUAGGAAAGGACCAACACAGUGUUAGCAUCAGAACCACUUAAUGUAUGGGACAAUGGUGACGAAAUGAAAUUAAGUAAACACAUAGCCAUACGCAGUUUAAGGGGGGACUGAGGGGGCCAGGCCCCCCGUGGUGGCCGAAAAGUGUCAUUGCAUGUAAUUGACUUUCCUAUGUAUGAUUUUAAAAUUAAGAGUGUUCAGGUAAAAUGUUGUCUAUAAAAUUUGUAAAGCAAUAAAACAAAAAACAAAAAUGAAAGAAAUGAACAACAACAACAAAAAAAUUCUUUAAUGGGUCAAAAACAGAUCAUGUGACUAGCACAUUAGAUAGUCAUUUGCUUUGCUUAGCAAAAACCACCUGAGGGCAGAAGAGGCAAGAUGGAUAUAAGUAUUUUUUUCAAUAAGCUUUCAAAAGCGACAACAACAAUUGAGCAUGAGCCAAGCAUUGAAAAUGUGGACCAAGAAAAUCCAGAGAGCACUGCCAAAAUCGUGAGCGGAGUUCCAAGUUGGCCCAACAAAGAUGUUAAUUGUACAACAGAGCCACCACCGGUGCCUUGCCAAUUUAGUUACUCCCCGUCAAAAACUGUAUCCCCUUGCCGCGGGAGCAAACACACACACAUUAGUUAUGAGUUAUGUUGACUUAAACAAUUGAUUGAAGCCAGAAAAGAAUCACAGUUCUAUUUUUUGGACAUCAAUAUUUAUUAAACUGGAGAAACUCCAUACAGGACUUCAAUUAGAGUAAUACCUGUUAUAAGUCAUUAAAAGAGUAAAACAGUAAAACAUCGCCUUUUUUACAUUCAGUAGGUAUGUUACAUUAUACGACAGAUAAAAGUACGACAGAUUUUUUUUUUUUUUUAAUGGAUGGGCCAUGUUUCAAAACUUACAUAACUACAUCACCAAAACACGGAAAUCAUGAAAAUCAGUACAGCGCAGUGGCUCUGCCCAGGGGAUACAAUUUUUGACAGGGGUAACUACAUUGGCAAGACACCAGCGGGUGUACCAUAUUCAAUGGAUGACGAUCUUGGCGAAAAGUAUAGCUGUCCUAAGCAGCCUGAUUUAGAAUUCCCCUAAAAAAUAAUGGGAAUUGGGAAAUUAAAAAAAAACACUCAUUUUCAAGUUAUUAUUAUAUAUAUUCUUGUAAGUUCAUUUUAUUGCUGACACCGUGUUUCAGGGUCAUCAACAUGCUGUACCCUCACUGCCCCAAAAGUCAAACUCGGCCUAUGCACAUAGCCAUUAAUUUCUGUAUUGCUUGCAAGUUGCCAGUGGCGAAAAACCUCAGUACAAGACCAAAGUGGAAAAUAUCCAAAUCAAGCUCACUAUGUUUCACAGACUUAACCCAAAAUAUAUAAACUGUUAAAAUUCAAAAUGUGCAUAUCUUUUUCAUUUUAUCCUUUUUACUUAUAUUUACUGUUACAAAAAAGUGAAAGUUCACUCAUUUCUUUUGAAUUACUGUGUAUUUCUGUUCUACAAAAAAGAAACAUUUGAUUUGUAUUGUGAAUGCCAUUUCGAUUUAUGUUCUUUCUGAGUGAAAGCAUGUGCUGUAACCACAAACGAUGCAAUAUCCCUGACCAAAUAUAUUUAUAAUUUGUAAUUUUAAUUUGGAGCUG